GGUGUUUUGGUUGGUUUUCAACUUUUCAUUGUUAUCUUAUUUUUUAAAGCUAGUUUUUUGUUUUUUAAUCUACCUGGACCAGAUCGUCAUGAAAAACCAAAAACGAUAGCACACUCAAAAGUUAAACGUACUCGAUUGAAUGAACGUGAUGGACACCUCAGGAGAGGCAAUAAACUCACUUGUUUCUUGUAAAUUAAAAUUAAUAGAAUUAUUAACAGAACAACUAAAUUUGCACAAACAACAAAAUUUCAAACUGAAAGAGGCCUUGGAAAAACUGCAAAUUCUCGAUAACGAAUUCAAUCUUCUAGCACGUAACGAAUUGGAUAAACUGGUAGAUGUACAGAAUAAAUUUGAAACAAAAGAUUGUAACUGCGAGUCGAUCAGUUUGUCACAUGCGGAUCGAUUACGAAAACAAACAAAUUACACAACAAAAGUUAAAAGUUCCAUUAAAAUGUAUAAUAACCUGAUAGCAAAGUUGACCAAGGACAUUAAGUUUUCAAAAAGCGAAUUAGAACGUUCGAAAAACCAAAUCGCAGGUAUAACACGUGUAUCCAGUGAUGAAGUUAAAAUUAUGCAAGCUAAGAUCGAUCGCUACGAAAAGGAAAUACUGAAAUUUGAGAAAAAAUAUCCUUGGUUAUCCGAUCAACAGUAUGGCCUACCUAACAUUUCCAAACAAACCGAAACGCUAAACAAUUUAAGAAGGGAAAAGGCAAGGCUAAUGCAGGAAUUAGAACGGUACCAUUCUCUUAAACCGGAUAUAAACGAAGCAAUGCAACAAUUAGCUGCUAUUAAACAAGAGUAUGAUGGCAUUAUGUAAUAAUCUCUAAGAUGAUAUUUAAAAAUGUGUUUAAUUAAGUUCUGUAUUACAAAUUUUUUAUAUUUUUUCGAUAUGUCAUAUAUUUAUAUAUUUUUUUACUACGA